GCCAGUGGGGAACAGUGUGUGAUAAUAACUGGGACAUGAAUGAUGCGGCGGUCGUGUGCAGAGAGAUGAGAUGUGGCAGAGCGGUCAGUGCCCCUCAGAGUGUACACUUUGGUCAGGGAAGUGACCCAAUACUUCUAGAUCGCGUUGGCUGCUCUGGAAAUGAAAGGUCUCUCUUUAAUUGCUCUCAUAAUGGAUUUUACAAACACAACUGUGAUCAUGGUGAAGAUGCUGGUGUUAUCUGCUCAGGCCAAAAUGAGAUCAGGCUGGUAAAUCCUACAAGUCGCUGUUGUGGUAGACUGGAGAUCAAGAAUAACAGCCGGUGGGGGACAGUAUGUGAUAAUAACUGGGACAUGAAGGAUGCAGAGGUGGUGUGCAGACAGAUGGUAUGUGGCAGAGCGGUCAGCGCCCCUCACAGUGCCCACUUUGGUCAGGGAAGUGAACCAACAUGGUUGGAUAAUGUUGGUUGUAGAGGAACUGAGUACUCCAUAACUGAGUGUUCACACGGAGGAUCUGGAGUGGAGAACUGUGGACAUGACAAAGACGCUGGAGUUGUUUGCUCAAGUACGCAUAAGGUUUUCAGAAAUGACUAA